AUGGAUGAAGAGUGCCUUAAAGCUUUUGAUAUUUUAAAGAAAAAAUUGAUUUCUGCUCCGGUAAUUAUAGCUCCUGAUUGGAAUCAAAACUUUGAGCUGAUGUGUGAUGCCAGUAAUUAUGCCAUAGGAGCAGUUCUUGGCCAGAGAAGAGAAAAGAAAGGGAGUGAAAAUGUAAUUGCUGAUCAGUUAUCCCGACUGGUGAAUAAUGAAGUCACAAGCAAGGAAACAAAGAUUUGGGAAUCUUUCUCAAAUGAAACACUCAUGUACAUUCAACAAAGGUCGUGGUUUGCUGACAUGGCCAAUUUCAAAGCUGCAAGUGUCAUCUCGGAAGAUCUCAACUGGCAACAAAGAAAGAAAUUUUUGCAUGAUGCUAAACAGUUUGUCUGGGAUGACCCUUACCUCUUCAAAAUUGGAGCAGAUAAUCUUCUGAGGCACUGUGUGACUAAGGAAGAAGUGGAAGGAAUUCUAUGGCACUGUUAUGAUUCACCUUAUGGAGGACAUUUUAGUGGAGAAAGGACAACCACAAAGCUUGCAAAAGUACUCAAACAUUAUGGUGUGAGACAUAAAGUGGCUAUACCUUAUCAUCCUCAGACAAACGGGCAAGCUGAAGUUUCUAACAGGGAAAUAAAAAGGAUCCUGGAAAAGACAGUCGCCACAUCAAGGAAGGAUUGGUCUCAAAAGUUAGAUGAUGCCCUUUGGGCAUAUCGAACUGCAAUGUAG